AUGGAGCAACUAUUGCUGCGAUAUGUAGGCACGGAAAGGCAUAAAAGAAAGGUAGGCACAGCGGGCUGGGAGGUUGUUGACGAACUCGUCGAUAUUCCAGCAAUACAAGCCCAGAGAAAUCCCCCGAGCUCCAAAACUGCAAUUCGCAAUCCAUUGGUAUCAUCGCUCCAAGGCCGUAAUCGCUAUGGCUGCUACAAAGGUACGCAAAUCCCUCUAAACCCCGGCAUAUGUCACAAUGUCACAAAGUUGUCAAGUCUCAAAACAGAUCACGAGCUGAGAACCUCCCAGAUUGUCACUUAUGAGGAGUACCUCCCUCUACGCCUUGCUCUCCUCGAGAAGGAGAAGCAAGCCACACGUGCCCGCGAUGGACUUAGCGCUGAACGACGUCAGCUGCCCUUGGUAGAGGUCGCAACACCUUACAAGUUCACCGCCGUCGACGCUGCCGGAGAUCACAAAGAGGUCACUUUGCUUGAUCUUUUCAAUGGUCGCCCUCAACUCAUUGUCUAUCACUUCAUGUUCGACCCAGACUGGGAUGCAGGUUGCAGCUCUUGCAGCCUCUUUGCUGACCACAUCCCCCCACUUGAGCACCUGAACUCACACUCGACCUCAUUUGCAGCAGUGUCCCGUGCGCCGAUCGAAAAGAUUGAAGGAUAUAAGAAGCGCAUGGGUUGGACAUUCCCGUGGGUUUCGAGCAAUGGGACAAGCUUCAAUUAUGACUUUCACGUUACUCAGGAUGAGUCCGUUGCCCCCGUCCAGUACAAUUUCAAGGACAAGGCACAGCUUGAACAGCGUGGCCAGGCCUUUUUUGCACGCGGCGAGCAGCCGGGCCAUUCAGUCUUUGUUCUAGGCGGUGACCAGAGCGGCAUCGGUGAGCCGGGAAAGGCCUACCAUAGCUACUCGGCCUACGCUCGUGGUGGUGAGCACCUCAUUGGUACAUUGGGCUGGUUGGACAUGACGCCACUGGGCAGAUUGGAUGGCAUCAAUGGAGUGCCCGGGCUCGGAUACAAGAGACAUGACGAGUACACCGACGAUGAUCUGAAGGGGAUUGUGGCCAAGAUUGGUGCUUGA